AACGCUCUGAAGCUAACCUGCUCGCUGGUAGGUUAACUUAAACCUAAACCGGGGGUUACACGCACUUUCCUCAUGCAAACCUGGCGUGUCCUUUACUCGAGGAUCCAGUGGAUACCGACGCGCAAAUUAUUCGAAGAGAUCUUAGUCGGGAACGAGUCAUUAAAGUCAGAUUAAACAUUCUGUCAUUUCCCGAUGAAUUUCUCCAGGAACCUUACCGUUUAUAUCGCAAUCAGUUAGGGGAGAGUGGGGACGGUUACAACAAACAACAACAACAAGGGGUAGUUUCAACAUUAUUAAUCACAAUAUUAAUGAAAAAGCUUGUUAUAACAUUAAUUGUAACAUUAUAGAUGUUGGCUCUGAUGAGCUUCCUCCUGUUCUAAAUACAAUGGUGGUGGUCCCUCUCCCGUUUAAUGCGCUUCAGCUUUAUUCCUAUUAGCUACAGCCAGAAUCAACUAAGCCACGUCAAGCUGGAUACAAUUAUAGGUCCAGCUCUUCCACCACUUUACAAACGUGCUGCAUCUAGCAGUUCAUCUGAAGCUAGUGAUCAGGAGGACGUCAUUUUCAAGAGAGCCAAAUACUCUGAAUCAGGAGACGGUGCAUCAUCAAAGGAGAAAGAAGCUUCUGGAAGGUGUGUACGUGAUGAUGAUGAUGAUGAUGAUGAUGGUUUCUUUGGUCCAGCAUUACCCCCAGGGUAUCAGAAGCAAGCAAGUUCACCUGAGAGGUUGCCAGUGUUGGGACCGGCACUACCUCCAGGCUUUAAAAAGCAGCAUCAUGACGAGGAUGAGGAGGAUGACGAAGGCAGUGGGAUUACAGGACCUGCACUCCCACCUGACUAUAAAGUGGAGUCUUCCAGCAGUGACGAAGAGGACGGGUAUGUUAUUGGACCCUUGCCAUCGAAAGGAGACGCUCAGAGCUCUGUAGCACUAGACUUUGAGAAAAGAGCAAAAAGGAUGAAGGACAGACUGAUGGGCAUUGAUAAAGAGCCUGAGAAUCAGCAGAGAGAGAGUUGGAUGAUGGAGCUGCCUCCUGAGCUGCAGCACGUCGGGCUAGAAGCACGAACUUUUAAGAAGAGGUCUGGCCCUGUGGACAAGGACCGCUCAGUCUGGACAGACACACCUGCAGACCGGGAGCGCAAAGCCAUGGAGCGAAAAGAAGCCAAGGAACGGGGUGAGACGACCAGAGACGAUGGUCCUCAUCUGUCUAAGAAAGAGCUGGAAAUGGCUGACACAGUGUCCAAAUAUAACGAAUCCAAGAGAGGCGAGUCCCUUAUGAGCAUGCACACCAAGAAAAUGAAAAAGAAAGCUGAUGAAGACUCUAAAAUUCCUGUGGAGAGAAGGCCCUUCGACCGAGAUAUGGACCUGCAGGUCAAUCGUUUUGACGAAGCUCAGAAAAAAGCCUUGCUAAAGAAAAGUCAAGAGCUCAAUACACGCUUCUCACACAGCAAUGACCGAAUGUUCCUCUGAAAAGCUGAGCAUUCACACACAAAUGUUAAGGGUUUAGUGAUCAAAAAAACUGCCGGUGCUGACUGAGUAAAAGUAAGCAGCAUUACCUUUAAUUGAUUGUUUGACAUGUUAGCAGUGUUCGAAUUUACCAAGAUUAGCAAGGUUAUACGGCUAAGAUAUACAAUGAAAUUAAGUAAGCCAAGUCAUACAAAUUGUAUGUAAAGCAUAUUUAAAUAUUGUGAAUGUGAAUAUUACUCACGUCAGCAAUAAAAGAGGAUGAAACAGCAGAACGUGCAGAAAAUUGUUGUGGAAUUUUACAUUGUACAGGAAUCUUUACUGUGUUAAGAAAAUGUAAUGGUGAUUUGUUUGUGUGAUCUCAAAUUUUAGUUUGUGAUCAAUUAAAUUUGCUUUUCUAUGCUUGUAAAAAAUAAAAAAUAACUUUUAAAA